GGGACUCUUAACCGCUUGCUGCAAUUAAAUGGUUAUUAUGGAAACUGCUAUUGGUGGAUUGCAACGGCCAGUGGCUGCUGUUUUUUGCCAAAGGUAUGGCAAUUUUCAGUACUUGUCAAAGGGUUUGGUAACAAAAAUCCACUCAAAAACCACCCCAAGUGCUGCUAAGCUCAAAUGUAGCUCUACUUUGCCUUUUCAUGGGGCUGGCCAAAAGCUGAAGAAAGCAGCAAUCGGUGUACUAUCUCCAGACAUAUCAUCACCAACCACAGCAUUUGAUCAAUUGCUUGAAGCUUGGGAUGAUGCAUAUGAUGGAGUCGUAAUUGAUCCUCAGAGCUUACCUAUAAGUGCUAAUGCUUUUGCUUCUGCCCUUCGAACUUCCCUUUCCAUCUGGAAACUCAAGGGGAAAAAAGGGGUAUGGCUCAAGUUACUACUGGAGCAGGCUGAACUCAUUCCUAUUGCAAUUCAGGAGGGUUUUAAUUACCACCAUUGUGAAUCAGGAUAUGUAAUGCUAACAUACUGGAUUCCAGAUGAGGUCUGCACCCUUCCUGCUAGCCCUUCUCAUCAAAUUGGUGUUGCUGGGUUUGUGAUGAAUGACAAAAGAGAGGUCCUUGUGGUGAAAGAGAAGUGUCCUUGUAGUUGCUCGGGAGAGUGGAAGUUGCCCACCGGCUAUGUCAACAAGUCUGAAGAUAUAUUCUCUGGAGCUAUAAGAGAAGUAAAAGAGGAAACUGGUAUUGACACUAUGUUCCUGGAAAUAGUUGCAUUCAGACAUGCUCAUUUAGUGGCUUUUGAGAAGUCGGACUUGCUAUUUGUAUGCAUGCUUAAACCUUUGACAUCUGAGAUCAACAUUGAUGAGAAGGAAAUCCAAGCUGCGAAGUGGAUGCCACUUGAUGAAGUUACAAAACAACCAUUUUAUAAAGAAGACGAGAUGUCAAAAAAGAUUAUUGACAUUUGCAUGGCGGCUUAUGAAGAUGAUUACAGUAGUGGAUACUUUGGCCAGCAGCUUAAUUCAAAGAUGGAUAGGAAAUUGUCCUAUUUGUAUUCUAAUAUUAAUUAUGCUGCAUCAAAUUGUACUGUUUAGAAUUAAUGUGUUCUACUGAAAGAGGCCCGGGCUAGCUGUACCUUAUCUGACCCUCAUGUACAAGCAAUAAUUGAAACUUGGAAAUGUAAUAAAUUGUUAAGAA